CAUUAUCCGCAAGUUUGUGAGUCAGUGCACUUCUUAUAGUUAUUAUAUCUUCUUAUUGUUCAACGUACAAGUGAAUAGAGUAACGUUCUUUUUUAGAAAAAAUGGCUCUUUGUUGGGGUAUAAUUCUAUACCCAACAAUAGGAAUACUCAUAUCUUUUAUAAUAUUCCUAAAACUCUACUACAAUUAUUGUUUUUCGUACUGGAAAAAACGUGGUAUAUACUCUCCAACACCAUCAAUACCUUUUGGGAAUGCAAGCGGUCUCUACACAGGGAAAGAAUGUUUGGGUGAACUUUUUAUGAACAUUUAUCUCAACAUCAAAUCUAAAGGUGUUAAACAUGGUGGCUUCUACUUCUGGGGGCGUAAUGUUUAUAUGCCCGUUGAUAAUGAAAUCAUAAAGAAGAUGGUAAUAAGGGAUUUUGAGAAUUUUCCGAACCAUGGGUUGUAUAUUAAUGAAGAGUUGGAGCCUAUGUCGGGGCAUAUAUUCAACAUGGAGGAUGGUAAGUGGAGGAAUUUACGCGCCAAAUUACCGUCAGCAUUUACCACCAGUAAGAUGAAGAAAAUGUUUGGGGAGAUGGUAAAAUUGCAGAGUAACUUGACAGAGCAUCUGGAUAUAUAUGAAACUCAAAGUAAGCCGGUUAAUAUUAAAGAGGUUUUGGUAUUGUUUUCGACAGACAUUAUAUUGAAAAAUGCCUUUGGGUUGGAGACAAACUGUCUUCAAAAUAAGGAUUUGGAGUUCAUAAAGCACGGAAGAACUUUCUUUGAUGAUCAGUGGAGCACCUUUAAUAAUACUUUGGUUAUCACAACACCGCGCAAAUAUUUAAAGUGGAUGAACUUCAAAGUGUUCAAAAAGGAAGGUACUGACUUUUUCACUAAAGUUUUUAAGGACAUUAAGGACUUCAGAGAGAAAAAUGGUUCUUCCAGAAACGAUUUAACAGACCUUUUGAUUCGCCUGACCAAAUCAAACCCAGAAGACGAUAUUUUUAAAGAUUUCAAUGGAAAAGGAAGGAUCGAAAAUCUGACUUUCAACGAGUUCGCUGCACAAGCCUACGUAUUUUUCGAAGCUGGUUUCGAAACAUCCUCAACCACAAUGACUUUUGCGUUAUACGCUUUAGCAACGAAUCCAAAGUGCCAAGAAGCUCUAAGGGAUGAAAUUAAUGGGGUUAUGAAGAAAUAUGAUGGUAAAUGUACCUAUGAAGCCAUGUUGGAAAUGGACUAUUUGGACCAUGUCGUUGAUGAAACUCUUCGCUUAUACCCAGCCUUCCCUAUAAUGCCAAGAAUCUGCAAUAAACCAUAUCAAGUCCCCGGUACUGAUUUAGUCUUGGAGGAUGGUACAUUAUGCAUGGUAGCGAUGAUGGGUGUCCAUAGAGACCCAGAUUUAUGGCCUGAACCGGAAAUAUUCGACCCAAACCGAUUCACAAAAGAAAACAAAGCUACUAGACCUUCCUGCGCCUAUAUGCCUUUUGGAGAUGGACCUAGAGUAUGCAUCGGUAAACGUUUCGGUUUACUUCAAACAAAAGCUGGACUGAUCAGCAUAAUCAAAAACUACAACGUAACCUUAAGCAACAGAACUAUAAACCCCUUAAAGUUUGACACUCGAGGAGUCAUAUUGAAAACAAAAGGAGAUGUUUGGUUAAACCUACAUAGAAUUUAAAAAAGUUUACCCACCUGUACUAACUCGGCAGCUUUGUGUACCAGAGACUCGGGAGAUACGUGGGAAGUGUCUACGAAUUCGGUACCUAAGGCCACAGAUAACCUUCUAACGAGAUCCUGAAGCUGCAACCUGGCGGCUUCUUUCUUCUGCUCCUGGGAGUUCAAGUCCAGUUCCAGGUUUCUUACUUUGACCUCGAACUCCUUGGCUUUUUCUUCUUGAUACCUAAAAUGAGUCAGUAUGGUCUAAAUAUAAAUAAAACUGUUUUUGGAACUUCUUAAUCCAUGUUAAAACUGCCUGUCUUAUAUACACAGCUAUGAGCAAGACAGUGGUGAGAUGUAUCCUUAAGGUUACCUGGCAUCUCUGUGAGCGUUUUGUAUGACAAUCUCGUUCCUGCCUUGGGCACCUAUGAGAUCCCUUUCCCUUUGCUCCAGUUCGUGUAUCCUCUUCUUCAGCGAAGAUAUGAUGGAGUUUUGUCUGGCGGAUUGUUCUCGCAAUUGGUCGGCCUCCAUCUGAAGAUCCAGGCAUCUUUGAUCCCGCGAUCUUAUUUGGCUCCUCAUCUCUUCCAAGUCUGCUGUGAGGCGGUCCCUUUUGUACUGCAAUGCUGCCAAUUCGCUUCUAAGCGCUGUUGUCACAUCAACGUCCGAUUCGUCCAUCUAAGUGUUAUUAUUAAGUUAAUUUAAGUGAAUACAUUUUUUAUGAUUUAAAUAUGUUUUAUUAACUAGUUUUGUAGUUUUAGCUUACCAAAUAUGAAAACUAAAGGUAGGAAAUUAGGCAUUAUCUGUUCGUGUCUAUAGUUUAUAAAUGAAUGAUAUCAAAGUUUUGUGAUCAAUUCCUGUAAAUAGCAGCAGGAAAACAUCCUGCGCACGAUAUCUCCUUUUAUAAUCAGCCUAAAUAAACAGUUUAAUUAAUGCAUUAAAAUGGUGUUUUUUGCAUAAAAACAUUUAAAAAAAUAAUAGUAAAUUUCAAAAAUGGCGAAUGCGCCGGUAUUAAGAACGUGAUUAAAUAUUUUUUUACAUACCUACCCAUUGUUUUAAUACAAACUAUAACCGUGAAACUCAAACGUCGUAUAUCUACUAUUAUAGAAAUUAUAUUAGCUAAAAUAAGAUAAAGUUGACAAUAAAACAAUCAAUAUAUGCUGGGACGGUUAUGUCCUGGUACGUUUUAUAAUUUUAUACGAAAUUUCUGAUGAAAUAUAUUUUUUUAUGUGGGUUAAAGUCAUCAAUUUGAUUAAUAUCGUUAAGAAAUCAAAACAUGGGGUGAAAUCAACUUAUAUUUGUUUAUUGUUAAAAUGUAGUUAUUUAUUUGUA